AUGGCAACAACCAACAAUAGUUUCCAUGUGAAAGGAAAGGAAGAAGUACAAUUCGAUCGAAAAAAUGUGGUGGUGGCGUGUGAUGUGGUGAAUGGAAAGAUUACAUAUGUGGAUGUAAGCAGUCAAUUGAUGGGCGUUUUGUUCGCUGGAGACGAGAUUCUGAACGUCAAUGGAGGAGUGAAUAUCAAAACAACUGCUGAUUUCAUUCGUGCAAUCAGUGCGAAGCUUCCCGGAAAAGUGACCAUUGAAUUCAUGAGAGAUGACCAUUGUCUGGUUAGCGAAAAACAGUUGCCACCUCGUCGUCCAAAUACUCAAAUGACCGAAUUGACACUGACUUAUCGUGGAGGAGCUGCCACUGGAAUUAUCAUCCAUAGAAUGGCAUUUGACCCAAAAACCGUGACCAUUGCAAUGGUACAAUCAGCCUCCAAUGCGUGUCAUUAUGUAAAAGAUGGAGAUAUUCUAGUGAAAGUGAACGACAUCUACGUUCUAGAUCGUGAUGCUGCCCGGAAACUCUUCUAUGCAAGUGUCAACAAUACGAAGACAGUUCGUCUGACUCUGGAAAGAUCUACGACCACUGAUCCUCUGGGUCCAGCCCCUCCACCUCCAGAUGGCGUUCCAACGACAGCGGUUCCAGGAGGAGUGAAAAAGACUGGGAAUUCGAUGAUGCUUCCUCCACCACAACCACCCCAAGGAAAAACAAGCAAUUUUAUGUGGUCACUUCUGCCUCCUGACGUUCUGGAGAUCAUGAAAGCAAACAAGGAUUUCUACAAAAAAAUGUGCAAGAAUCCUCCCUGUGUCAUCACAACAUCGAAUCCGUCUCAACCAGUUCCAGCCACUCUCCCAUCGGAUCCCCCAGAAGUCCGUAUCCCGUACACUCAAUCCCCGAAACCAUUGAAAAUGACCCCACAACCAGUCGCAUCCUACCUGUUUUUGAGAGAAAAAAUAAGAGAACCUUUUGAAAUAAACAAAAUUUGUCAUUCUCUGCGUCUCUCUCUCCCACACUCUCUAUUCUUCUUCUUCUCCUUUUCCCUCUCUUUUUCUCUUUCAGUGACACAGAGACGGCCAGCGGCCGGUGCUGCUUGGUACCGACUCUGUGUGUCUGCUUGUCCGUGCCCGGCCGUCCGUCCAAUUUUCACAACAACAUGUUUACGAAAUUGGACCAAACAAUGUGAUGUCCUUGUCCUCCUCCCACUCUCAUUUCUCCUUCUUUGCACCCCAUUAGAACGAAUGCCAACUUUCUCGCCGCUCGCGGCUACGAACGAGAAGAUUCGACCACUCGAUGCCAUCUGGAAUGAGGAAGACGAUGAGGAGCAAGCUCCAGUCGCACAGAAUCGUAGCUGCGUUUUGAAAGUCAUCAAUAAUAGCUACGCUCAACACAUCAAGCUAUUCGUCUUGGCCUUCGUGGCUUUGAUCCACUUUUGGUAUCUCAACGAGUUUCUUGUUAAAUUCGCUGCUUUCGACAAAAUGGCUCAAGACGUCAGAUACGUUAAGCCAUAUGGAACCAACUAUGCAAAUGACUACCUUUCGAUUCAGUACACCCACCAAGCUCUGAUCGAUUACAAGAAGAACCUGUGGUUGACAGUUGGUGCAAUGUGCGCAUCCCUUGCCGCCACUGCUUCUCUCUUGACCAUCUACAGCUCCCCACAUGAUGGAUACAAUCGUGCCGCAACCAAUUUGAUCCGAAUCUUCGAUUUCUCCUCUUUCCUUUUCAUCACUUUCCUUCUCUUCGCUCGAAUCUCCUACGCCAUUCGUCUCAGUACCAACGCUCAACCAUCUCUCCGUGCAGCUUCUCGUAUCUCCCAAACCAUCUUUGACGAGUUUGGAGCAACUCUCGAUUGUCGUCUCCACCCAACAAUGGAUGAAAAAAAUUGCGCUUCUGAGAUCGUCACGUCGGCCUUCCCAUUGCACUUCCUCGAGUAUUUGGUCAUUUUGUGCGUCUUGACUGCUGCUUAUAUUGGAUUGGCCUACUUGAUCGAAUGGUGCAUCCGUCAUUACUUCCCACCAACCCAUGAGAAGCUCACUCCAAUCAGUGCAAUCUCUCGAAAUCUCGUGGCUUCUUCUCGUUGCUCAUCCGACAAUUCUGUUCUUAUUGCUGCCUAA